AUGGCUAGCCUCGUCCGGAGACUGACCAGAAACUCAACCUCUCUAAGAACCCAUCUUUUCCCUAUACCUAAACCCUUUCCCAUUACCCAUCACAAUCAUCUGGGCCCUCCCAAAUCUGAUACCCACCUUCCCCAUUUGGGUCCUAUAACCGUCGACAAGGUCGAAUUGUCGUUGCCGGUUUUCCCCAGUUUUCCAUUCGGGUAUUGCUUGAAUCCGAUUUCCCAAAUUGGGUCGGAGCGGUUGGGGCUGUGCGAGGCCGAUGGGGUCGGGUCUGAUGACGCGGGGACGAUUUGGGCUGACAGCGUGAAGAAGAAGAGGAAGAGGAAGAUGAACAAGCAUAAGUUGAGGAAGCUCAGGAAGAGUCUUCGUCGCAAGACGUGA